AUGGAAACAUUAGCUGGAGUGUUAAAUGCGCUCAUAAAUACUACAAUAAACAAGGAGAACGAAGAAAACUUAAUGAAUGUUAAACUUAUUGCAGGAGUUUUGAAGUUCAGUUAUGCGAAGGAGUUUAAGAUAACACGAAUGAGUCAUAGAGUUCAAUUGCUUCUGGGAGCAUACCAUAUGACAUUUCCUUUGAAAAGUAUUGACAAAACGAUUGAGAUGAAAUCUGUUCCAUACGUAUGUUAUGGCAAUUGUUUAUACAUUGAGUCAAAAAUAGCUAAUGUCACAGGUAUUUCAGGAGUUAAUAGUAAAGGUUCAGUAGAAUAUAAGUCUUUCUGUUAUGAAGUAAAUUCAAUGUUCAUUCCAAACGUUCCUGUCAUAGCAACUCAUUUAGGUAAAUGGGUUCGCAUUAGUCCUCAUAAUUUGAAAGACAUGCAAUUCAGACUAGUUGACUUUCAAGGAGAGCCUGUAGAACUGAAGGCACCAGUGCGAAUGACUGUUGAAGUAGACUUUUUAGAAAAUAUUAAAUGCAACAGCUUACAAGAGAACUCAGAGCUAAAAAUAUAA